UUAAAUAAAAUAUAUAAAAAAAAAAUGAAGGCUAGAACCACCACCAAUGUCUUUGCCAUUUUCAUUCUCUUUGCUUUCAUCUCCAUCCACCUACCUUCUUUAGCCACGGCUGAGUUGAUCGACACAGACGGCAACCUUAUCGAAAACGACGGCUCAUACUACAUCCUCCCAGUUUUUCGAGGCAACGGUGGCGGAAUAGGCCAAACCGCCACCGGAAACGAAACGUGUCCACUAACCGUUGUCCAACAACACUCCGAAGUGGACAACGGAUUACCAAUUAUAAUUUCAUCUCCAUUGAAAAUCCGUUAUCUCGGUGAAGGAAUUCGUUUGGACCUGUCCUUUUCAUUUGUUCCUUUGUGUACUCCUAUUCCUUCUAAGUGGACCCUCGUUAAGGGUCUACUGGAAGGAGAAGGAGCCGCCGUAAAACUCACCGGUUUUUACGAGAACCAAGUACAGGGUUGGUUUGAGAUAAGGAAAACCUUGGAUGUCUUUAAACUUAGCUUCUGUGCUUCUUCAAAUAAUAAUUGCAUGGAUAUUGGGGUUAAACGUGAUGAUGAGGGAAAUAGGCUUUUGGUUACAACGGAAGAUAACCCUUUUGUGGUUGUGUUUAAGAAAGCUAGGUCGUCUUAUUCUGCUUGAAGAUCCAUGCAUAAUAGUAAGCAAGUAAUAAUUAAGCCAUGGGAAACAAAAAAAAAAAAAAAGAAAAGAAAAUGUUGUAUGUGCUUUCUUAUCUAGUGGGUAAGAUAUUAUGUAUGUGCAAGAUCAGAAUAAACUGUUGUAAGAAUAAUCACAGAGCUGACUUACGUGAAGGUAUUAGUGAAGAGGGCUCUACUAUGUGAAGUUCAUAGAGUGUAACAUUGACAAAGAAGGGAAAUUGAUCAAAGUCAAGAGGGCAGCAGAAAUUAACUAUGUGGCAUGGAGUUGAUCUAUAUGGUAAGUGGCUAGAUGUGGACCUUUAUAAGCUCUCCCAUCAAAGUAAAAGCCCCAGAGAGACAUUGGAGACACUAGGUGAAGAUGCAAAGAACAGGUAUGGCAUGUAUAAGGCCAAGUAUAGAGACAUAUGCAAUAGAGAACCACCUUCAUCAUGGCCCAUUGAAGUAUUGGCAUCUAACGCAAUGUAUAGAAUAAGCCAAACUGUUUUAUUAAAUUAUGGAAGCAUUGAAGAUCUUAGGAGUGAGAUAUUGUUUGAAGAACUAUAUAACAGGAACAAUAUCUAAUAUAUUGGGUGCAUGUCUCACUAACUUACCCUAUGCUAUA